CGGACCUACAUCGUCCUCGGGAUUGAGACCUCGUGUGACGACACCUCUGUCUGUCUUUACGACCGCAGAAAGGGCUCGCUUCGGCCGGAGCUGCUUGCGUCUCUCAAGAUCCGGGCCGAUAACUCGGUCGACGGCGGGAUUGUUCCUACGAAAGCGCUGUCUCAUCAUCAGGCCAAUCUUGGAAUUCUCGUCCAGCAUCUCCUCUCCUGGCGGUAUCCAGUCAUUCCGGACCUCAUCUGCGUGACCCGCGGCCCAGGCAUGCGCGGCUCCCUCGCCGCCGGCACCGAGUUCGCCAAGGGCCUCGCGGUGGCUCUCAACAUCCCGAUCAUCGGCGUGCACCACAUGCUCGGCCACCUGCUCAGUGCGCGCAUGGUGUAUUCGAGGAGAAAGUCCCACGGCGUCGGAAUCGCAAACUUCCCGUACGUCACCAUGCUCGUGAGCGGAGGCCACACGAUGCUCGUGCUGUCCAGGUCGCUGACCGACCACGAGAUCCUCGCGGAUACGGUCGACAUCGCUAUCGGCGACGCCAUCGAAAAGUGCGCGAGGUUCAUCGGUCUCGAAAUGCGCCAGCAAAACAGCUACGGACCCUCGCUCGAGCAGCCCGAGACUCCUCCCGAGGAGCUCAAAUCCCUCUCGCUCAACGUGGCGAUGCGCAACAAAGGCACGCGCACCGGCUCGUGCGCGUUCUCGUUCGCGGGAUACUUGCCGAUGGUCGAGCGCAGUGUGCAAGAGGUGUUUGGCGGUAACCUCGACGGCAUCAGCGAGCUGCAGAGGGCGAAGAUCGCGUACGAGAUCCAGCAGGCGAUGUUCACGCAGAUCAUUGAGCGCGUGAAGUACGUGCUCGACACUAAGCUGGAUGACGAAAUGAAAGCUAAAGUCAAAGAUAUCGUCCUGGCGGGCGGCGUGGCUUCGAAUCAAGAGCUGCGACAUAUGUUUAGGACUCAGCUACAAACGUAUUCCCCCUACCCCAAUACCGAUGCAACGAAGCCGGACGACACGGAGACGGGACCCGGUAUUCCGAAAUACAAUAUUUUUUCCCCUCCGCCGGCCCUGUGCACCGAUAACUCGGAAAUGAUUGCGUGGGCCGGGAUUGAGUUGUGGGAAUCCCAGAAGUUAAGAUCUGAGCUCUCCAUGGAGCCGCUUCCUGAGUGGCCGUUGGAGAACUUCACGACCAAUGUUGACGGCUGGACUACCGAA